AUGCCUUGCAUCCGAGAGACUCGCCUUUCUGGCGAAGUUUCGGGGAAGAAUAUACCGGAUCCUUCUCGAUCUUCCGUGCCUCGCCUGAAUCAUUCCGACAUAGGCAAUGGAGACAUGAUGCAAAGUCCCUCCAAGGCUAGGGCAGCCGCCAUGGCUGGAGGAUCUCCAGGUGGAGGAGGAGAUGGUUCCUCGUCCACAAACGAUGCCGCAGGUGAAGACAGUUUGGCGCGUCUGCCAGACCCCCUCGGCCGCUAUGCAGGCUUGAUGGCGCAGAACAACUUGAGGAACACUGUGGUUGUCUCACCUGCGGUGCGAAACGGCCAGGGGUUGCUGAUCAAGCCACAUGAGUAUCGCACCAAGCUCGCCACAGGUGAUGUGGUGAUGGUCGAGUGUCAACUUAAGUUGUGGACGAUUGGUCCCAGCAAGCGCGACAAUGCAUUGCCAGAGGACAAAGUUGGCUCCAGGAGAUACCAAGUCAUGCUGAAGUCGAUGAAAGUGCUCCCGGAUGCGUCUAUUACCGCAAGCGCCUUCCAGAAGUCCGCGUCAGACAAGAAGGGCAAACGCAAGGCCACUGACGACUGUGAGGACACCCUGCAACACAAAAAGGUAACUGCCGGAUGCGAAUCCGUCGAUGACGACACAGACGGUGAAUACGGUGGUGUUAAGGUCGUACUCUCGUAA